UCUGCAGGUUAAACAUUAACAUUUCUAUAGUCAUGGCUUUCAAUAUUCGAGCCCAUAAUGAUCACCGCAUCAUCUGUAGCCUUGUUAUAAUAGUAUUAUGUUCAUUUACACUAGUGGAGAACACAGUCGCAGUUUGGCUCAAUCACGGGGGAGAUCUUACAAAUCGGAGGUACGCAUAUGAAGAAGUUCUGAUCAACCCGAUGAAAAUGUCAAAAAUGCGGCUGAAAUGGACAUUCUUUGCCGGUAAAGACAUAUCUGCGACACCCUCAGUGGCCAAUGGUGCGGUCUAUUUCCCAUCAUGGAAUGGAUAUUUGUACGCUGUUAAUGCUUUCAAUGGUGCAUUGAUAUGGAGGCAGAACCUUACUGAAUUAACCGGACUGACGGGCACCGGAAUCGUAGUAAAUGUAACCGUAUCGAGAUCGACGCCGACUAUAGACGGUGACCUUUUGAUUGUUGGAAUUUACGGACCGGCUGUUGUGAUUGCUCUGGAUCGAUCAAAUGGGAGGCGCGUUUGGUUGACCCAACUUGAUUCGCGUCCUCGAUCACAGAUCACCAUGUCUGGCACAGCUCACAUGGGGGCAUUCUAUGUUGGGGUCUCAUCACUGGAAGUAGGAUUACCAGCAAAUCAAUGUUGCACAUUCAGAGGCAGCUUGGCGAAGCUUGAUAUUCAAACCGGUAGAGUCGUUUGGCGGACCUACAUGCUUCCCGACAACGGUGGGAAAUUAGGAGGUUAUUCAGGUGCUGCUAUAUGGGGAAGCAGCCCUUCCAUCGACGUAAAGAGGAAACAUGUUUAUGUAGGAACGGGGCAACUUUACACAACUCCACCCGAGGUGGCAGAGUGUCAAGCGAAGCAGAACAAUCAGACAACAAAACCUAGUCAACCUGAUCAGUGCAUUGGGGAAGAUAUCCAUUACAAUUCAAUUUUGGCCUUGGAGUUGGAUUCUGGGAGGAUCGUUUGGUCCAGGCAACUUGGGGGCUAUGACGUAUUCUAUUUCGCAUGCCUAACCCCUAAUAACCCUGAUUGUCCGCCAGGGCCUAACUUAGAUGCCGACUUUAGCGCGGCUCCCAUCCUGCUUAGCAUAAAUGCUAAUGGAACGAAACGUGACGUUGCGGUUGCCGUGCAGAAAAGUGGGUUUGCAUGGGCUCUAGACCGCGAUAAUGGAAAUAUAGUCUGGUUUAAGUUGGCUGGACCGGGUGGAUUGGAAGGAGGAGGGUAUUGGGGUGCAGCAACAGAUAACAGAAGGGUGUACACAAACAUAGCCAACAGCAACAGAACACUCUUCACUCUACAACCAUCAAACCAGACAACGACGGCCGGCGCAUGGGUGGCUCUUGAUGCGAAUUCUGGAGAAAUAUUGUGGUCGACAGCGAAUCCCAGUAAUGAGACUGCCAGUGGACCUGUCACGCUAGCGAAUGGAGUUCUAUUUGCUGGGUCUGUAGCUCCAAAUGGUCCGGUAUAUGCGAUGGAUGCAAAAACUGGGAAAAUCCUGUGGUCAAAUAAUACGGGUGCUACUGUCUUCGGGGGUGCAGCAGUGAGUUACGGAUGUGUUUAUAUUGGGAGUGGAUAUUCAAUUGGCCUGGCACGAUUCCACCCCACAUGGACUACCGGAACUUCACUCUUUGCUUUCUGCGUUCAGUGAGAGACCCAUCGAUCCUUAAUAAAUAAGACAGUAAAUUAA